AUGAGUCUCCCAUCCACUUACAAAGCCGUGGUGCUUCCACAAUACGAACAUGAGGUUGAAUUGCAAACCUUGCCAAUCCCAGAGGUCCAAACAGGUACUGCGCUUGUUAAGAUCGAAUCUUCUUUGGUUAAUGGAGAUAUGAGGCCUAUCUUCUCGAAGCCAAGAAACCCAAUGUUCUCCUUGCCACCUCCGUUCGUGAUUGGUACCGCAGGUGUGGGCAGAAUUAUCAAGAGCGAUACUUACAAACCAGGACAACUGGUUUUUAUGGAUUCAAUGGUUACUUCCAGGGAUGAUCCUAGCCACUUCCUGGUUAAGACCAUUUUUGAUGCACCAUCUCCUCAGUCUAAAGAUCUUUCUGCUGUUUUCCACAAGAGAAGCGGUUACUCUGCAGAGUAUGCUUUGGUUGACGUUGAAAACGUCUACCCAAUUAACGAGUCUGCAAUCAAUUUUGAUCAUGACUACUUGAACAACCUCAGUCGUCUGGCUGUUGCGUUUGGUGGAUUGAAGGCCGUCGGUUUGAAGCCAGGUGAGACAAUUGCAAUUGCUCCUUCCUCGGGCGCAUUUUCGAGUGCCGCAGUUGCUUUGGCAUCUGCUCUGGGUGCACGUGUUCUUGCUGUUGGAAGAAGCGAAUCAUCAGUUGCUCCACUCGCAAAAAAGUUCAAAAAUGUCCAUGCCGUUGCUCUGUCUGGUAACCAAGAUGAAGACGUCAAGGCUUUGACCAAAUUCGGACCAUUAAAUGCUUACAUGGAUUUUACUCCAUCUAAUCUCUCUAGUGCAAUUUACUUCAAAACUGCACUCCAUGCACUUGGAUUUGGUGGCAGAGUUGUUCUCUCUGGAUUCAUAUGGUCUGAGGUGUCUAUUCCUUAUGGUUUGGCAGUUGGCAAAAACCUUUCUGUCAGAGGAAAGAUCAUGUACACUCGCGCAGAACUGAAGGAAUUGAUCCAACUGGUCGAGUCAGGUACCUUGCGUAUUGACGAUCAAUAUUCUGGAAUCAAGAAGUUUGCUUUGUCGGAGUUCAAUGAGUCGAUGGACUUUGCUGGAAAGACCAAAACUUUCGAUGCCCUUCCUAUCUUGAAGAAUUGA